AUGGGAUUGGCCCUGUUUGGCCGUCCGUUGAAGGCCGUAUCGCUCCCCGCUCGAUCGACAACCGGGAGCCCGCCAACACCGUCUCGAAUCAUGCGAACCGCACAACAUCGGCACGGGCGCGGAUUCCAUCGCCUCGACGCCGUCCGCCAGCCGGUGCAGCGGGCGCAGCAGCAGGGCCUCGAUGAGCAGCAGCUGGGCCGCGCUGAGCAGCAGCACCAGCCAGGCGUUGCGGGCCAGGCCCUCGGCGUGCGACACGUCACCGCCCAGGCUCCACUCGAAGGCGGCCACGAUGGCGGCCGUCAGCACGGGCACGCACAGGGUCAGGCGCAGUCGCAGGGAGCUCAGCCGGCGCGGCAUGGCGCCGUCGGGGGUCGAGGCAGGGGAAUCGGGACUCAUGGGGUACAGCGACAGCGCCACAAAUUGUCACGGCCUCCCUGCGCCUUGUGCGCCCUCGCAACUCGGGGCCGGCCGCGUCGGCGCGGAGCUGCGCUACUGGACCGUGAAGCCAUCGGACGAAGAGGCCACGCUGUGGCCCGAGGUCGGCCUGAGCUAUGGCGUCAACUCGCGCUGGACGACGCGCCUCCUGGCGAGCUGGAUCGGCUACGGCGCGUCCGACCAGGUGCUGUCGAGCUGGAACUGGCAGAACGUCGUGCUGCUGACGCAGGGCGAGAAGCCCUACGACCUCGCCAUCCACGCGCAGCUGAUCCGCAACCGCGGCCAGGGCAACGCGCUGGAGCUGGGGCCGGCCUGGCAGACCGACCUCGGCGCGCUCAAGCUCAAUGCCAACGUGUUCUGGGAGUACGACAGCAGCCGGCACGACACGCGGCUCAAGCUGCACAGCGCGUCGCCGGUCUCGUGGCCGAGGCUCUCGUUGACGAGCUGGAAGCGGUCCAGGUCGGCCGACAGCAGCGCGAAGCCGGGGCUGCCGGGCGCCGUCAGCUCGGACAGGCGGGCCAGCGCGGCGUGGCGGUUGGGCAGGUCGGUGAGUUCGUCGUGCAGCGCCUGGCGGCGCAGCGCCUCGGUGGCGCGCUGGCGCUCGGUGUCGUCCAGCAUCAGCACGAGCAGCGCCGGGCCGCCUUCCCAUUCGAGGUAGCUGGAGAUGCCGCGCACGUAGAUGGCGCUGCCAUCGGAGCGGUAGCGCUCACCCUCCCAGGCGAUCUGGCCGCUGCGCUGCUGCAUGAGCUGCGCGUAGCGCGCCCGGGCACCGGCGAAAUCGGUCGGCGCGAAAGCGGACUCGAUGGAGCGCAGGCCGCCGAUGCGGUCCAGCUUGAACAUCGCCAGCGCGGCGGGGUUGGCGUAGACGGCGCGCCCGUCGCGCACGACGACCAGGCCCUGCAUGGAUUGCUCGUACAGCUGGCGCAGCUGCGCAUUGACCUGCUCGGUCUCGUGAUGCGCGCGCCGCACGGACAGCAGGAUCAGCGCCAUCGCCAGCGCCACGUGCACAUAGGUGCCGAGGAUGUGCGUGACGAUGGAGCGGGCCAGCGGGUCCAGCAUCGGGCCGCUGAGCAGCGCCAGCGCCAGGAUGAAGCCCAGCAGCGCGCCGAACAGCGGCGCAUUGCGCGCCCAGCGCCAGGGCCGGCCGCGGUAGCGCGCGGCGCCGGCGAGUUCCAGCGCCAGCGACGCGAUGAUGCAGGCGGUGGCCACCGUGGCCUGGACCUUGUAGCGCACCGAUUCCAUGUCGGCCGGCACCAGCGCCACGCCCAGCGUCAGCCCCACGGCCAGCAGCACGUGGCUCCAACCCCAGUCGCUGAUGUGCGGAUGGCCGGGUUCCAGCCGUGCCAGGAUCAGCAACGCCAUGCCGAGCAUGGCGAUCAAACUGGUACUGAUCAGGAGGAACCCGGUCAUCGGCCCAUCCUAGCGACGGCGCGUGUCUGUGCGCCAUCGGUGCAAGCCUUCGUUCAGAACUCCGGUCGCACGUCACGCGUGGCCAGCGGCCAGCGGUCGCUGCGCCAGGGCGAGGCGGGCAGCCCGGCGCCAUCGACGAGAUUGGCGUCCAGCGGCGUGUCGGCCCAGGCGUAG